UGUUCAUUCCUUUUAGUUCAGUUUUCUUAAUACACAAUGCUUACAAAGGACUUUCUACUAACUAUUGGAUUGUUUUUGUGGAUGUACUUCCUAUGGAAUCGGCGCAGGCUAUAUUCGAUGGCUCUCAAGCUGCCAGGUCCAUUGGGACUUCCAAUUCUGGGCAUUGCAAUCGAGUGCAUUUUGAACCAUCGUAAACUGACCAUUCGAACAAAGUACAUGGACAAGUAUGGAUCAACUGUCCUGCUCUGGUUGGGAAUAACGCCUUUUAUUGCGACCCGGGAUCCAAAGGUUGCCGAGCAGGUCCUGAGUGCACCGGAAUGCAUCAACAGGAGUUCCAUAUUGACUCGGCCGAUUGCCCACGGUUUGGGAGAAGGGUUGCUCACAUUGGAAGGAGCCAAGUGGAGUGAACGUCGCAAGCACAUUAACCAGGCAUUCAAGCAUAAUGUACUUCUCAGCUUUUUCCCCAUUUUCAAUGCCGAGUCUAAAUCGCUAUUGACUUUACUGGACUCACUCGUCGGUCAGGGAGAAAAGGAUAUCCUCAAUGACAUAAUCAGAUGGUCGUUUAGAAUAGCCACUCAAACCACAGUGGGGACCGAUGUGCAGCACGAGGAAAACUUUAAGAACGAUACCACCUUAAAAAGUUAUCAGCGGGGCAUGAAAAUAGUCAUCCUGAACAUUUUGUUGCCUUUCACUCAGAACAAAAUUGUUGCCUUGUUGUGCGGACUUGAAGGUCAGAGGUUGAAGAUUGUAACAGAUAUUGACAAUAUGAUUCAAAAAAUUGUCGACAAAAAGCUCAACACAAAGACAGAAAACAGCGCACAGCCUGAAAUGCAAUCUGUGAUCAACAAAUCCAUAGAACUGUUUCGGAACGGAGAAAUGCCCAUGCAAGAUGUUAAAGGCGAAUGUAGUGCCAUGGUCAUCGCUGCCUUUGAGACAACUGGUCUAACUGUUCGUCAUACACUUCUUCUUUUGGCCAUGUUUCCCGAGUACCAGGAAAUCGCCUUUGAAGAGCUUAAGGAGCUCUUCCCAACGGCAGGAUACUUCGAUGUGGACUACGAGGACCUGCAGAAAAUGGUUUUCUUGGACCGCGUUCUGAAUGAAACCUUGCGAUUGAUGCCCUCCGUUCCGAUUUCUGCGAGGGAAACAAUUCGGGAUUUCCGACUCUCGAACGGAGUUGUCAUUCCAAAGGGAGUAAACUUUGGAGUCGACAUAUUCAACAUUCAUCGCAACCCGGAUUACUGGGGUCCAGAUCCUGGGAAGUUCAAUCCAGACAACUUCCUGCCAGACAAUGUGCGCGAUAGGCAUCCCUAUGCCUUCAUUCCAUUUUCGAAGGGAAAACGGAAUUGUAUAGGUUGGAGGUAUGGAGUAUUGUCUGCAAAGCUCGCUUUAGCCAAGAUCCUCAGAAACUUUAAGGUGAGCACAUCAUUUCGCUAUGAGGACCUGGAGUUCGCUGACAACGUAGGCAUUGAAUUGAUUAAGGCCCCAGGAUUAGCUUUUGAAAGACGGACUUAA